AUGUCUUAUACAUAUAAUACCAAUGCUCAUACAAAAUACUUCCAAAGAACAGCACUUCCGAAUUCCUGCAAGCAAAUAACUGAAUACCAGCACGCAUGUUAUAUUUUGCAAUUCCCUGAAAUGGCCAAACUACGUAAUAAUAUUGUGGUCGGGUUCACAUUCGGGGCAGAAUCAUCGAUAGUCAUUAUCGAGAAAGCGGGUUUAAGAGCCGUCUCGGCCCCAACGGGACCUUUACGGAGGGCUCAUCCCGACGCGUCCUAUAACUAUGCUAAUGUUAUUUGCGCCACUGGGCUUCACAAAACGGCGGUAUCCACUAACUUGCGUUCCAAGAACGGUUGUACAGUAAAAGUACACGCCCAUCUUAUGAACUAU